AGCGCGAUGCACUUCUAACCUCGCUUGCAAUGGCCGCGCGGGCGCAGAUGUGGGCCUCGCGGGAGCAGUUCCUGGCUUCUGCUGCAGACGCUCUGCAUUCCAAGGACUCUGCCUGCCCCUGGGAGGAGGAGAAGCCCAGAUAUCUGGGACCAGUGACAUUCGAGGAUGUGGCUGUGGUUUUCACUGAGGCAGAGUGGAAGAGACUGAGCCCUGAGCAGAGGAACCUAUACAAAGAAGUGAUGCUGGAGAAUUUCAGGAAUCUAGUCUCGUUGGCAGAAUCAGUGCCAGAAGUCCAUCCCUGGCCCUCCUGCCCUCCAGCCUUUGGCAGUCAGCAAUUCCUCAACCAAGAUGAGCUCCACAGCUAUCCUAUUCCAGGUUUACGUGCAGGAAGUCAACUCCAUCCAGAGGAUCCCUGCCCAGAUGAUCAUUAUCAGCAACAACGUUCUGAUAAAAACCACUUGGGUGCUGAGGCAGAAGAUCGAGGAAUAGAAAGAGGUGCUAAACCCUUGUUUUGGAGUAUACAUGAGAGGGGGACUUCAGUGGUUUUCUCUAGCCCACUCCAGGGACCACCAGUAAGCUCUCAGGGAGGAAGCAGAAUAUUGGAGAUACAACUCAGUCCAGCCCAGAAGGAAAGCUCUGAGGAAGCAGACAAAGUUCCUGAGAGGGUAGAAAUCUCAGGAUUUGGAGCAGUCAGAUUUGGAGAAUAUGGACUAGAUUUUAGCCAGAAGUCAAACCUGUUCAGACACAAGGCAGUCACAGGGGGAAAAUCUGUGUGCAGGGAGUGUGGGCGAGGCUUUAGCAGGAAGUCACAUCUCAUCAGACAUCAGAGAACACACACAGGGGAAAAGCCUUAUAUCUGUGGGGAGUGUGGGCGAGGCUUCAUAGAUAAGUCAACCCUCCACAACCACCAGAGUAUACACUCAGGAGAGAAGCCUUAUGUGUGCAGGGAGUGUGGGCGAGGCUUUAGCCGCAAGUCACACCUCAUCAGACACCAGAGGACACACACAAGGGAGAAGCCGUUUAUGUGCACGGUGUGUGGGCGAGGAGUUAGUGAAAAGUCAGACCUCAUCAUGCACCAGAGGAUUCACACAGGGGAUAAGCCUUAUGUGUGCAGGACCUGUGGGCGAGGCUUUAGGGUGAGAUCACACCUCAUCACACACCAGAGGAUACAUUCAGGUGAGAAGCCUUUUGUUUGCAGGGAGUGUGGACGAAGCUUUAGUGAUAAAUCAGCCCUCCUCAGACACCAGAAGAUACACUCAGGGGAGAAGCCUUAUGCGUGUGGGGAGUGUGGGCAAAGAUUUAGCCAGAAGUCUUCCCUCAACUCACAUCAGAGAACACACUCAGGGGAGAAGCCCUUUGUGUGUGGGGAGUGUGGGCAAAGAUUUAGCCAGAAGUUUUCCCUCAGCUCACAUCAGAGAACACACUCAGGGGAGAAGCCUUAUGCAUGUGGGGAGUGUGGGCAAAGAUUUAGCCUGAAAUCUUCCCUCAACUCACAUCAGAGAACACACUCAGGGGAGAAGCCUUAUGCAUGUGGGGAGUGUGGGCAAAGAUUUAGCCUGAAAUCUUCCCUCAACUCACAUCAGAGAACACACUCAGGGGAGAAGCCUUAUGCGUGUGGGGAGUGUGGGCAAAGGUUUCGCCAGAAGUCUUCCCUCAGCUCACAUCAGAGAACACACUCAGGGGAGAAGCCUUAUGCAUGUGGGGAGUGUGGGCAAAGAUUUAGCCAGAAAUCUUCCCUCAACUCACAUCAGAGAACACACUCAGGGGAGAAGCCUUAUGCAUGUGGGGAGUGUGGGCAAAGAUUUAGCCAGAAGUCUUCCCUCAACUCACAUCAGAGAACACACUCAGGGGAGAAGCCUUAUGCAUGCAUCGAGUGUGGGCGAGACUUUAGCCACAGGUCUACUCUCAGUGUACAUCAAAGGAUACACUCUGGGGAGAAGCCUUAUGCAUGCAGGGAGUGUGGGCGAGGCUUUAGCAGUAAGUCAGCACUCAUCAGACACCAGAGGACACACUCAGGGAAAAGCCUUAGGUGUAUAAGGAGUGAGCAUGUGAUUUUAGCAAGUCAAGCAUCAGCCAUGCCAGGGGACACACCCAGGGAAGAAGCCUUGUUUAUGAGGUAGUGUGAGCAAAGAUUUAGGUGGACAUCAUUCUUUAUCACAUGUCAGGGGACAUGGUCAGUCAGGGGAGGAGCCUUGUAUACAGGGAGUGAGGGUAAGGAGC